AUGAUGUCUUCCUCCGGCACCGGCAGGUACAUGGCUUUCCCGCCGUCUCCAUCACACUCCCUCCCUCAUCUAUCCGCCCUUCGUUCUCCUGCUUCAACUGCCAUCGCUGAACAUGACAAAUAUCUAAGUGAGUUAUUGGGAGAGCGUCAGAAGAUUAGUCCGUUCAUGGCCGUGCUUCCUCACUGCUAUCGAUUGUUAAACCAAGAAAUACUUCGUGUAACAACAAUCUUGGGGAAUGCGUCAUCAGUAUUAGGUCAAAGUGGGCUUGAGCAUGGUAGCCCCCUGGCUACUGGCGGAAUGUUCUCCAAAGGAAGUGCUGAUCCGAAUGGAUGGGUAUCACGAUUUCAAUCAGAAAUGCCGAGUCUGAUACAGUCGUCACCGACACCAAAUUGGCUGAGUCCACAAAGUAGCUCGUCUGGUCUUCUUGUUAAAAAGACAAUCAGAGUGGAUAUACCCGUGGAGACAUUUCCUAACUUUAACUUUGUUGGUCGCCUCCUAGGACCGAGAGGAAACUCUCUGAAGCGUGUGGAAGCAAACACCGAGUGCCGUGUUUUGAUCAGGGGCCGAGGUAGCAUUAAAGAUACAGCUAGGGAGGAGAUGAUGAGAGGUAAGCCUGGGUAUGAGCAUCUGAAUGAACCUCUCCAUAUUCUAGUCGAGGCAGAAUUACCGGCUGAAAUAAUAGAUGCUCGCCUUAUGCAGGCGCGUGAAAUACUCGAAGAUUUGCUUAGGCCUGUGGAAGAAUCCCAUGAUUUCUACAAAAAGCAGCAGCUUCGCGAACUUGCGAUGAUCAAUGGCACUCUCCGCGAGGAGGAUUCUCCGAUGUCUGGUUCUGUUUCUCCCUUCAACAACAGCCUUGGCAUGAAAAGGGCAAAGACCAGAGGGUAA